AUACAAAGGGACUGAUCUAACCAAGUGAGCCUAGCUUCCAUGCUAUCUACUUGCUAAACACAAAACACAAACCUUAUUCAUCAUUCAACAUGCAGACCUCACUGCUUCACGAGUUAGUUGUUGGAAUUCCAAUCAUAAAUAAACAGUUCCAAAAAUCGAAUAACAAAUACUUACUUGAUUAUGCUUCUCAUCAAUGUCGAUAUCCAUCUGAACAUCAAAGCAAAAGUAAAGGAAGUUGUAACCAGAAAAAGCGCAGCAGGAGGGCCGAUAGUAAUUCUGAGAUUUCAGUGAGACUGGGGACAAACAUAUCUGAAACUAUAAAAAGGAAGUUGAGCUUAGGGGCUCGAAUUCUUCAAAUGGGUGGAGUGGAGAAAGUGUUCAUGCGGUAUUUUAGUGUGAUGGAGGGGGAGAGGCUGUUGAAAGUUUGCCAUUGUUAUCUGUCCACCACAUCUGGCCCUCUAGCUGGUCUCCUCUUCAUCUCCACCGAAAAGGUUGCGUUUUGCAGCGAGAGAUCAAUAAAAGUCUUUAAUCAGAAAGGGCAAAUGUGUAGGAUCCGCUAUAAGGUUUCCAUUCCAGUGAAGAAGAUAAAGAGUGUGAGGCAAAGUGAAAAUGUUGAGAAGCCAAGACAGAAGUAUAUAAAUAUAGUUACAGUUGACAACUUUGAUUUCUGGCUAAUGGGCGUAUCAAAAUAUCAUAAGACUUACAAAUAUCUGGAACAGGCAACUUCUCAAACUUAGCUGAAUAUGAGAUAUAACUUACAUGAGAUUAUAUGGCAACUGUAAUUGAAGAUAUGGUUUGAGGAAAAAACAUAUCGCGUGAGUAUUGGCUUUUCACUCCAGAUUGAGCAUUGAUAUAUAACAAAUGCACAUGGUUCAUUCAUAUCAGCUCAAAUGCAAACUUGUUUGGCUGUCAACACAUUGUUGAUAAAGUUGUUGAUGCAAGAAAUAUUUUGUAACAAACUUCAAACAGUGACGGUUAGUGAAAGGGAUCAUACUGGGAGAACAUAUCCAUUGAUCCAUAGAGAGAGGCCUAUAUUAAUGAAGGGAUAUAAUUAACUGUUAUGGUAUAAAACAAGAUAGAAGAAAAUAUAAAUAGAAAGAAUGAAGAUAACUCUUUGAAGUUUAAGUUUCAGACUCAAUUACUUGACGAAAUAUUUACUUGUAAGUUCCGAUGAACUUUUGAUAUUCAUACCAUUCAAAUCUUGAACAAAAUUUAUCUAGAAUUUAUUAACAUGUGAAUCUUUUUCAAUUA